AUGAUAAACUUAUCCUGCAAUUUCAGGGGUAAUUCUACCACGAAUAUUAAGUGGUUCAUUCGGUUGGCUAGUAACGAUAAUAAUCAACACAUGCUGCUACCGCCUUUGAAGCUUUACAGGAGGAUUUUACGAUCACACAGGAACUUGUCACCGGUGCAGAAAUCUAUUGGUGAUUCGUAUGUCAAGAAUGAGUUCAGAUUACACAAAAAUAUCGAUAAUCCACUACAUAUCGUGGGAUUUCUUACUAGCUGGCAGGAUUACUGGCACAUCGUGAGUAAUGGAGAAUGGCAAGAGGGUACACUCUCACAACAAAAACUGGAAAAAAUGUCAAAGGAGCAAGUAGUGCAAUUGUAUGAGUUAAUGAAAGAAGCUCAACGACUUCAUGACACGGUGAAAACAAAUGACAACCCUCAAAAUGGAAAGUAG